GGUUAAUACAAAUCUAGUCAAAGGCACGUUUUUAAAGUCAAAUAUUGUAGUUAAAGCUCUUAUUUUCUCCUGGAAAAUGACAAAAAAUACUAAAAGAAAAAUCCUUAUGGGAAUUCACGGUUAUAACUGAAUUUGUUUGGAGGGAGCCAAUCUAAGCUCCGCCCGUCGCUCUGACGUCAGACUUAGGCUGUCUAUUGCUCUGAGUAGUCGUUCUUUCUGUAAUCUGUGUUUUGUGACAUAACCUUUUUUCUUCAUGAUUUGACAGGUGAUUUUAAAAAAAUUGAACAAAAGUAAACAAAACGCGUAUUCAAUUUACAGUAGUUGAUUACUGUUAUUAUGGCCAAUAAAUACUUAAUAACUGAAUAUCAGUAGUAAUUGGUUAAAGAAAUAUGGGUUCAGGUACGUCUCAAUUUCAGGAAGUAUUUUCUCAAAUUGUUAAUGAGGAACCCUUCAAUACUCUCCUUUCUCAUGAGAUAAGCAAACUGACUUAUGAAGAUUUUCUUAAUUUGCUUGGAGAACUUAAUUUACUAUCAAAGAAAUGCUUGGAUACAGAAGGCAAUCAACUAGUUUUUGCUGUGAAGAAAGACACAGACUCCACAAUAUUUUGGAAGACGACAGUUCAAAUUGCAUGUGUGAAGAUUGAUCCUACCACUCAAAAAGUUGCCACUUUCAGAUUACUUACACUUGCUGAAUUUUUGAAGGUAUUCAAGACUGUAAAAUGCCAAAUACUAGCUGUAGAACAAAGUGAAAGUGCAUCAAAACCUGAUAUUUCUGUAUCGACCAUUUUGGAAGAAUCACAGUUUGAUUCAGGAGGAAAUGUCUGCUGUAUUUGCUUUGAAAGGAAACAGGAAACAACAUUGCCUUGUGCCCACAGCUUUUGCUUGAACUGUGUCGAAGAGUGUGAAAUGUUGGUCUUGGUUGGUUCAAUUACAAAAAGUAUGCCAGAAGCAACAAAAAGUUCCUGUUACAAGAUAUAGGAAUGAGACUCAUGAUACCUGUCCAAUAUGCAGAGAGAGACUAGAUAGUACGGAUGAGACAUGGGUAAUGUCAGAAGUACCUAAAGCAGAAGAGAUCAGCAAAGAAAUCAGAGAAAAUCUUUUGCAGCUAACAAAAGAACGGCCACCCCCAUGUAACCCAUCAUAAUUUGCUGAUUGUCAGGUAUAACUACAUUAAUAUGAAAAUAUAUUGCCAACAAGUAAAUGCUUGUCAAUUUUAAACUGAACAAACUCACAAAAGUACAGUUAAUGGUCAGCCAUAACUAUAAUGUUGGUCAAAACUUAUUGCAUAUUAAAGGUGAAGGAAAAACAAUUCAGUAGUUGUUUUUAAGAAAGUGUAAAAUAUAGUUAUAGAUAACAUAAUAUGUACAAAAUUAAUAUAGGUUAAGAAAAUUAAUAGAAUGUCAAUGUACAGCAAAAGUAUAUGUUAAAUCAGAAAACAGCAGAGGCGUUUGUCAAUAUUACAAACUUAUUGCAUAAAACUAUGCAAAUGCCUUGCAAAAGCGUCUCAGCAGUGAUAGGUAACAGGAAUACGAGUCGGCGACGUGCGACCGAGACAUACAAGUUAAGUUCUUAGAGUAGGCUUGGUCGAUAAGUCAACGGAGUUACGCAUGGGCCAACAGUAUAUGCUCCUUACUUGGAAAAUAUUUUUGUCUCUAUUGGGUGAUUCAUAAGUAUAUAAUUAUGUGAUGACCCAAAGAUACAUUUUAUUUUAAUAGAAAAAGACUUACGUUUUAAUGCAGGCUUUGGAUAGGCAUUCCAAACGAAGCAAUUUGAUAUAACAUACAAUAGGGUUUUAUUUUCAAAUUGUUGAACUUUUGGACAACCUAUCGAAAAAAACACUCGAAUUUGAAAACUCGGGCCUCCUCAAUUGAAGAAAUUUUUAUGAUGUUUCAUAUUUUCUUCUUAUCCAGAUACUUUUUCAGUUUUUUUGAUAGUUUAUACAGUCAUGAACGUCAAAUGAAGGGAUUCUCAAAAUUUUUAAAUGGAAUACUCUGUUUAUUUUCACAUUCUUUGAUUUUCCUUUUCACAAGUGUUCUUAUGAUAAAGACUCUUUUUUGAGUUACAGCUAACCUUUUUGUAAAUCAGGUAUCGAGGUAAAUGAAAAAUAUUAAAAUAUCUUUUAGAAUGAAAAUAGCAUUUAUUAAGUCUAUCCAAUCUUAUGCAGUAAUGUUAAAAGUUCAGGAAGGUGCCCAUGUGUUUUUAAUGCAUAAUCGUUCCAUAGCACCAUUAUAACACAUGCUAUCAAAAAAGUUAAGUUACCUGUCAAUAUGCUUCUGACUUUGAAAACGCUACAUUGUUGAUCUAUUGAUGUUAUGGCUUAAAAUAUCAUUUGAAUGAAGAACAGCACCAUGCUGAAACUAUGUUACUUAUGCUGAAACGGCUAAAAUCGGUCUAGUGCUAGUGCUGUAGUCAAGGCUUGAAUCUAACGAAUUUAAAUCUCUUCUAUGGCAAAACACUGGUAAUAUUAAAUUUGCAAUUAAACCACCAGAAAGAAUUAGUCGUCCUUCGGCUUUAUUGUAAAAUAGAUAAUCAAUCUACUGCCACUAAUUCCUAUUUCUUAUUUUCAAUGGUGUUGCAAUAUUUUCGACAUAUCUUGAUAUAUAAAAGCUUAUCUUAAUUUAAAAAGCACUCUUACAAACCUACAUCAAAAGAAAGCUUGUGAAAAAAGAAUGAAAAAAUAGGGAGUGCUCCAUUUGAAAAUUUUGAGAAAUAAUCCAUUUUUCGUUCUUGACGACCCUGAAUAAAUAAAAAAAAAUCACAAAGUUAGUAGAUAGGGAGAAAAUAUGGAGUGAUAAAAUUCUUCUUACAAAAAAUUCAGUGCUCCAGCGGAGGUGCUAGUUGUCAAAGUGACAUUUUCUUUGAUAUGGCCAAUAUCUCAACAAAUUGAAACAGCCCCUAUAUAGUAUGUUACAUUAAAUUGCUUCAUUUGACAAGUCAGGGGCAUGCUAAUUUUUUUAGAAACCAUGUCAAAUAACGAGUUAUCGAUUGAACCCUCACUAAAAAACCACCCUGUACAUGUCUGUUUCUAGUGUUUCAAAUCAACUAAUUACUGUUUAAUAUUAUAUUAAUUUAAUCGAUUAUUUCUCUUUAUAAUCGAUUUUCUCAAUAAGAAAUCGAUUUUCUCAAUAAUAAAUCGAUUAAGUAAAUUGCAAAUUUUAGUAUAUUUUUAUCUACAACACUAUCUGUGCGACAGGUGGAAAAACUCAAAUUAAGUUCACGAUGUUCCAUUUGAAAUUUUGGAGAAAAAGUACGUUUUUCUUUUUUGAUGAUGCUGUAGAAACAAAUGAAAUUUUUCAAUAAAUGGAUUUAUUUAUUAGACACAAAACGAGGUUUUAGAGAAUGUUCUGCCUCAAUAAGCGGUUCAAUGUUUAACAUAGUGGCGAACUACUGAUCUCUCAAAUUUGAGCGUUUGUUGAUCCAAGCUCCCGCUACGUUCUAUUGGGCUGCUCUGUCAGCAUGCAGUUUUUCGAAUAAUAUAAGAAAACAAAUCCUUCACAAAUCGAUUUAAAUAGAGGAAUAUCGGUUUUUAUAAGAUCGAUUUUCUUCACUCAAUGCCCCAUCUUUAUCUAGAAUGUUGAAGGUAUCAUUUAGGGGUGACACUGGUCAUAUACAUGGGAAUAAGUGCAAUACCAUCAUUAAAAAAAACAGCUCCAAAAGUACAUAACGUAUAACAUUUUGAAGUCCGAAUUUACAUAUUUUAGUGGAAGUGGUAUAAAUGCUAAGCGCCCUGCCUCCUGUUGCUCUAUCGCGCGAACUAGCCUGCGUAUAAAAGCAAUGGGCAAGCAUGGUCGCGCGUCAUCGUCUCGUGUUGCGUGGAAAGGCGCCUUAAACUUGCAUGCACAUUGAGGGGACGAAGGGAACCGCGCCGAGAUUUGUCAUUUGCAUGUAUCAAACGUGACACGUCUUUUGGCUCCCCGUUGCUUAAGUAUGGGGGCUGUCAUUUGGUUAUGUGUAAUGGAACCGAAAUAAUUUCACUUCCCUGCCCCUCAAUGAGCGCGUUAGUAGUAGGAUAUAGCGACCUCGCAUAAGCCUAAAAUAAUUCAUGACACUAGUGGCAUAGUAAAGAUGAUGGAAAAUAUGAAGAAACAAUAAGGAAUUUACCUGCAUUUUAUUGCUUAACUUACUUUUUGAAAGUUCAGUUUGAAUAUUUCACAGUGUAAGUGUGACAGCCACAUAGUUUUCGAAUAAGUGGUAUGCCAUUAGUCUCGCGAACGUGGUUCAGGCUUGGUGCGGUGGCUUUUGCUGUCGAUGACGUGGUGCCGUUCUGUCUCUUAUCACAGACUUGUAGUUUUUUUUUAGUUUAGAUUUCAAAAAAUAUUCGGAAUAUCGUACGACGCCGAUAUAACUCUGGUUGGAGGCACCGCCAAAAUAAUCGCCACUAGCUGCUAUAUAGGGUGUCCUGAAAGCUGGGACUGAAAUAACAAAGCAGCGAAUAUGUGGUGAAACAGUAGCGAAAAAGUAAAAAAAAAAUAAAUAAAUGUAAUCUCAUCUCAUCUCAUUUGCAGAUACAUUUGAAGUACGGCUCUGUCACUUAUAAGUACUGUUAGAAGUUGUCGUCAUUGAUAAAAUGUUUCGUAGAAAGUCUAGGUACUGUAAACCAUCCAGUAGAUUCGGGAAAAUAAAACCAUGCCAGCCCAAACAUUCGAAGAACAUGUUUGUUGAAACUAUGACCGGCGGACUACAUGAGGAUUUACCAAUGAUAUCAUAUGAGUAUUUCGGAGGUUAUUAACCCCGUUCCGCGUGGAGGUCGGUGACCAAAUGGACUGCAACAACCUUUCACAAAAAAGCACUCUUGCGGGAAAAUCCUCAGUUUGGAGGGAUCGUACAAAAGAAUACCAUCCAUCAUCACGCAGCGUUUUCCAUACCUUAGGGCUGUAUCGUAAGUCAUUCCUACAGUUGUAGGACGCCUUUAUUGCCUCCUAGAUUUUCAUAGUUUUCUACUGUACCGUCAGCGCUCUAUUUCGGGGUUAUGUUACAAAUAGCUAUUUGCAUUAAAUUGUUCUUACGUUUGAUUUACAUCAUCCGUUAUAUCAGCCUGAAAUUUCCUACACUUCAAAAAGAAAACAGCUUCACAAUAGGAGGGCGCUGAGGCUGACAAAGUAAUAGUACAAAUCUAGAAAUAUCCCAGCCUGUCUGAAGGAAAGAAAAUCAAGCAGGUCAUAAAGGUAUCCUACAAUAAUUGUAGUAACGACUGACGAUAUGGCCCCGAGUCUUGAUGACUUGCACUUGUCUAGCCACUUCACCAGCACUCGUUGAAGGAUUCUUCUACAAGAUUCAAUAUGUUUUGUUUACCUAUGUUGCUGGCCCCUAGGUACUAACUGACGUACGUCGUGCUUUCUCACUUUUGAUGUGAUCGAUAUAAAGGAGCGGAUUAGGUUUGCUUUAGGUUCGGUUGAUUUUGCGGAGCCUAGUAUCUCUGCCAUCUUAAGACUUUGAUGUAUAUGCUACUAGGAAAAAACUGCUUGCUUUCUCUAGAUCGAUACGCCGUGUAAAGGAAAGCCCCAACUUUGCGGACACCCUGUAUAUUUCAGUAGGUUAGUUUGGCUACUGUUGCUGGCGACUUCUGGAUGGCGCCUCGUUGAGGGAGGCCUCCAAGGGUGAGCGCCUCGCGAAGUGGUCUUGCUCCACGUUUAAAAAAUUAUAACUCAUAAAGCGAACAUGUAUCAUGUUACUGUGAUGAUAGAAUAUUUAUUGUAUGGCUGCCAUACGAAAAAAGUAGUAGUUGUAGGAUAUGGGCGCCCACAGUAUGGGAGAAGGGGUGCCCGCCUGAGAAUGUAGUUGUCCUCUAAAAUUUGCAUAUUUAGCAUGGUUUUGUAUGCAAUUUUUGGGAUCUCUAAGAUUUGACCCGCCCAGACAAAAAUUGUAGAGGAUACGAUUUCGAAAUAGACAUUGGAAUUAUUCAUUGUACCUAUGAGGGAAUUAUAUAUAAUAGUUAUAUAAGAAAAUAUGUUUUUGAAACUACUACUGCUCAAAGAUAUUGUGUGCAUAAUCUAUAUUGUUGGUCCAACAUUUUGUUGAGCAUGUAUUCACCGAAAUUUUACAAUUUUAUGUAAUCUAGAACAUAAUUCUCGUUGUUUCUCGUAUAUUGUUGUAGAUAAAUUAGUGAGUUUUAAAUUAUCUGCUGUUUUCAGCAGUGUAAGUUUAUUGCAAUUAUAGGUGUUUUAUUUAUUUUUUAUGCCCAUUUACUGUUUUAAUUUAGAGCUUUUAGGUUGCAAGACAAAUAUAUUUAUCUUAAAAA